GUGAUCCGAACAAUUCUCAGCUACAACAACAAUCAUUUCCACCACCAAGAACACAAAUUAGUGUAAUGCAACAAUUAAUCUUAAACCAAAUUUGAAUACCAAAAAAACAAACAAAAAAUUUCAUCUUUAAUUAACAAAACAAAACAAAAACACAAAUGCACUAUCCUUCUAAUCAACGCAUGAUCCAUACAGGCUCAAGAAGCAUAACAACUUGGUUAGUCUUAAUCACAAUUGUUUUAUAUGUUCUUUAUUCUUCCAACAUUCUUCUUUUCAAUGAUCAACAAGAUUGUCAACCAACAACAACAACUUUAGAUGACACACCACAAGAACAUGUUCACAUUACUAGUUACAAUAUUUCUUCAACUUCUGAUAGAAACAUUGAACACAAAGUUUUACCAAUAGAAAAUAAAGAACAAACCGAAGAUGAAACCGAACAAGAGCAAGAUCAAGAACAAGAAGAAGAACCGGAACCAGAAGGAGAAGGUGAAGAACAAGAACAAGAAAACAAAUUACCUAUUGUUGUUAGGUUAACGCCUCAACAAAUGGCUCAAAGAGAAGAAACUGAGCUGAAACAUAUUUGUUUUGGGAUAGCUGCUUCAUCAAAUUUAUGGAAUACAAGAAAAGAAUACAUUAAAAUAUGGUGGAGACCAAAACAAACUAGAGGUGUUGUUUGGUUAGAUCAACGAGUUAGUACUCGAGCGAACGAAGGGUUACCUGAGAUACGAAUCUCGGGUGAUACUUCUAGAUUUCGAUAUACGAAUCGACAAGGACAAAGAUCAGCAUUGAGGAUAUCAAGAGUUGUGACAGAAACAUUGAAACUUGGAAUGAAAGAUGUGAGAUGGUUUGUUAUGGGAGAUGAUGAUACUGUUUUUGUUGUUGAUAAUGUUGUUAGAAUUCUUUCAAAGUAUGAUCAUAGACAUUUUUAUUAUGUUGGUAGUUCUUCUGAAAGUCAUGUUCAGAAUAUUCAUUUUUCAUAUGCUAUGGCAUAUGGUGGUGGUGGAUUUGCUAUAAGUUAUCCAUUGGCUUUGGAGUUAGCUAAGAUGCAAGAUCGUUGUAUUCAGAGGUACCCUGCUUUGUAUGGUAGUGAUGAUAGGAUUCAAGCUUGUAUGGCUGAGUUAGGAGUGCCACUCACAAGAGAAGCUGGAUUUCACCAGUAUGAUGUAUAUGGAGAUCUAUUAGGCCUUCUAGGAGCACAUCCAGUGGCACCACUAGUAUCCCUACACCACCUUGAUGUAGUACAACCAAUAUUCCCAAGAAUGUCAAGAGUACAAUCUCUUAAACACUUGAUGGAAUCUAUAAACCAAGAUUCAGCAAGCAUAAUGCAACAAUCAAUAUGCUAUGACAAAACCAGGUAUUGGUCAAUUUCAGUUUCAUGGGGAUUCAUGGUUCAAAUUCUGAGAGGAGUUUUGUCUCCUAGAGAAUUAGAGAUGCCAUCAAGAACUUUUUUGAAUUGGUAUAGAAGAGCUGAUUAUACUGCUUAUGCAUUCAACACAAGACCUGUUGCUAAACAUCCUUGUCAAAAGCCUUUUGUUUACUACAUGAGUAAAACUCAUUAUGAUUCAGCUAGUAAAAAAAUUGUUGGUGUUUAUACUCGCGACAAAUUUAAGAAUCCUUUUUGCCGUUGGAAAAUGAAUUCGCCGGAGAAAAUUACUUCCAUUGUUGUCACAAAAAGUCGCGAUCCUUUGCGCUGGAAAAAGUCACCAAGGAGAGAUUGUUGUAGAGUUUUGCCAUCUCGUAAGCCCACAACUCUAUUCUUAUCAGUAGGCACUUGUCAAGAGGGUGAAGUUACUGAAUUGUAGCUGUGAUCACAUUCACAUAUAUGGUGCAUAUUCUUUCUCUUCUUGGACCAUCACUUUUUGUUCUUGUUUCUUAUCAAUUUAGAAAUGAAGUUUCAAGAUAUAUUUUCAAUAUAGUUGCAUGAGAAACACCCUAGAAGAAUAUCACAUGCUAAUGUUUUGUUUGGUUUUCUCAUUUAUGUAAAUUAAACAAAACAUACUACUUGGAAAUUUGUAUGGUAGAUGAUGACUUGGAAUGUAUGUAAUGAAACAUGUCUUCAUUAUUGUUUCCCAAUGUGACAACACUAAUUAAUGGUUCACAAUGGCUUGGAA